AGACAGCACAGUGUACUUCUGUUUAAGCAGAUGAGGGAAGGACAAUGAGAUUAUAAAUUUAUUUCCAAUGUUUUGUUAGAUUAAGAAAAUAAUGUAGAAUGCUCUUGUUAACUGAAUAUCAAUUCAGCUUUCAGUUUCAGUACAUUCUGGAUUUACUCUAACAUGUCAAGGAUCUUGGAUCAGAGAAUUUUGCUGUUAGUAAUUUCAUUUUUAACAAAUCUGCAGAGUACAAAGGUACUUUCAGAAUGGAAGAAGUGUGGUGAUCGAGAAUGUGAGACGGCAAUGAGCAGAGUUCAAGCCACUACAGACUACUUAGGGCCUGAUUGCCGGUAUCUUAACUUCAAAACAGGGGAAGAGAUAAUUGUAUACUCCAAACUUUCAAGGAAAAGUGAAAAUUUGUGGACAGGAAGUAAAGGAAAGGAUUUUGGAUAUUUCCCAAAAGAUGCUGUGAAGGUUGAGGAAGUUUUUAUUGCAGAAGAAGUUGAAGUGCCUACUAAGGAGACUGACUUCCUCUGUCUUGAUGGAGACGAGUACGUUUUUGAAAAUGAAGAUAGCGUGUUACAAAAUCAUGACAAAGAAAGUGAAUAUUCAUCACCUGAUGCAGAAUCAAAGCUGCAUGAACAUGAACUCCUACAAUAUACAAGAGACUUCAUCCAGAAGGAACAAAGUGUUGAAUCAGUUUCUGAAAAAGAUUCGAAGGAAUCUUACAGUCAGGAGGACUCAGCAAGCAAAAAGUUGCUCAGAAAAAAUGAGAACGGAAAAGAAGAUGCUGAACAGCCACAAACUCAAAACAGUCUUCCAUUAAAACCCAUUCCAACUGAAUCUAGUUGGAGGGUUUCCGGUAUUGCAGGAUGGUUCACCACAGGAAGUAAAAAUGAUGAGGAGACCAUAAAAGCCGUUACUGAAUCUUUAGAAGAAAAUACUUACAUCAGCAGAAAAAUAGUAACUGCUGAAAAUGAUUUAGAAGAGUCAAGUGAUAAGGAGGAGCGAGAGCCCAUGGCAUCUGGUUGGUUUCAAGGUGGACUGACAGACUUUCUGUAUUUUGGUAAAGAGAAUGUGGAUGUUGGUUUGGUAUCAGAAAAAAAAAAUCCACAAAUGCAUGACGUUUCUCAUGUGGCUGCAUAUUCUGAUAAUGAACAUGAAAGAAUAGUUACAGAAGUAUUGACAGAAGAAGAACAAAAGAGUGAAAGCCAUGAAUCCAAAUCCAAUUGGUUUAAUUUGGGUUUAAGUAAUGUUCUAAAUUUUGGGCAAGCUGAGAAAGAUACAGUUAUGGAAGACCAGCAAUGCACAGAAACAGAGGAUGAAGCAAAUGGAAACGAAGAAAUGCAGACUUUUAAACAAGAAGAAUCGCACAAUGACAAAGCAUCACAAGAGUCAGUUAAAGCAGUGACAGACGAUGAAAACAAAAAGAAUUAUGCAACAGAAGCAAUAGAUUCAAACGGUAACAUGCCAAAUUCUUGGACGCUACCAGCAAGUGUACAUACUCUUAAUGACAUCACAAGCACCUCAAAUACCACAGAAUCAUCUUUUGAUAUAUCAACAGCUGACAAAAAGAAGCUAAUUGAACCUUGCAGUUCAGAACAAGUCUCAGUGUCAGAAAGCCAGCUGAUGGAAAACGUGGAAGCUAAAGAGAGAAGUCAGGAGUCAGAAAGCAAACAUGGCCAGUCAGGAAUAGGCAGUAAAAGAAAACUGCUAGAAGAAACGCCAAAGGAGGAACAUGAAAUGAAUACCGCUGUAGACAGUGAACACAACAUUGACCAACGUUCCAGAGCAAUAGUGAUUCCAUCAGUAAAUACUGAAGAAAAAAUCCACAGUUCGGUGGUUGAUCUGCCAUUUGACGUCAAAGAACCUUUCUCAGAUGCCUUUUUACAAAUUCAGAACUACGUUCCAAGUAAUGAAGGCGGUUGGAUAUAUCAGAUACUUCUGUGCUGGAAUGCUCUUGAGAUUGGGGAAUUCAUAAAGUCUGUAUUUUCAGCAACGACAAGUAUUAUCGAAAAGGCUGUGGCUUCACUGCCUGAAGAUAUGAGACCUGGUCCUGAUCUGUAUGGUUUCCCAUGGGAAAUAGUGAUUUGUGCUGGCGUUGUUGGUGUCUUUACAAUUUUCCUGUUUCUGUACAGAGGUUAUCAGUCAGUUAGAAGUCGACUUUAUGUAGGAAGGGAAAAACAGCUUGCUAGUGAAAUUACUGAACUCAUUGAUGACAAAUGCAAAAUGCUUGAGAAACUCAGCCUUUGCAAGAAAGAGUUUGAAGACUUAGAAUCAUCUCUGAAGGAUGAGAGCUUUGUUAAAGAAUCAACAGAUGCGUCUUUUUUUGAGGAAAUGCAUGAAAAAUUGAACAAGUCAAACUUGGAACUCAACCAAGACAUAGAGAAUCUUGAAAAAGAACUGGAAGAAGAAAAAUCUAAGCAGUCAGAAAAUGAUAAAUUGGUGGCUGAAAUUCAGAAGAGAGUGGAGUCUUUAGAGAAUGAAGCAAAAUCUAUCCAAUCACAAGUUGCUGAGGCCAAGUCCACCCUAAAAGUAUUUCAGAUUAAUACAGAGAGACUCAAGACAUCUGUUCAAGAUGCAGUAGAGGAAAACUGUCAUCUCCAGGAAAGAGAGAAACAGCUUUUACAAGAGACUGAAGGAUGGGGUGAACGAUUUACUGAACUAAAUGAACAAACUAAAAUGUUUGAAUCAUCUAAAGCAGAUAUGGAAGAAGUAUUGAAAAAUAAAGAGAGUCAAGUCAAGUCACUAACGCAAUACUUACUAAAGAUGAAAGACUGGAGUUCAGCCGUAAGAGAAGAUGACAGCACUGAAGAUAAUCACUGGGACACCGAUACAAAAGGUGAAACAGAAGAUGGAGAGCAUUUAGAUGAUCAGCAAAAACGAACUGUAAAGAAAUUGAUCUAUGCUGCAAAGUUAAAUGCUUGUUUAAAGACCCUUGAAACAGAAAGAGAUCAAGUAUAUUCAAGAUUGUCUGAUGAAAAGAAAACUAAAGGAGAGCUUACAGAACGCAUAGAAAACCUCCAAAGUGAACAAGUUUCCUUGCAGUCUGAAAAUGAACAUUUUGAAAGUGAAGUUCAAAAGCUUCAGCAAAAGCUUAAAGUCAUGACUGAGCUUUAUCAAGAAAAUGAAAUGAAACUGCACAGGAAACUGACAGUAGAAGAGAGAGAACGCCUACAGAAGGAAGAAAAGCUUUCUAAAGUAGAUGAAAAAAUUAAUCAUGCUGCCGAAGAAUUAAACAGUUACAGGCAACGAGCAAAAGAUCUUGAGGAAGAGCUAGAAAGAACCAUUCGUUCUUACCAGACUCAGAUUACUUCACAUGAGAAAAAAGCUCAUGAUAAUUGGCUGACAGCACGAGCAGCUGAAAGACACCUCAGUGAUAUAAGAAAAGAAAAUGCACAUAACAGACAAAAAUUAACUGAAACAGAAUUUAAACUUGACCUUUUAGAAAAGGAUCCUUAUGCUCUCGAUGUUCCAGUUAGACCGUUUGGCAGAGAGCAUUCCCCAUAUGGACCCUCACCAAUGGGCCGGCCUUCACCUGAAACAAGAACUUUUCUUUCCCCUCCAACUUUAUUGGAGGGUCCUUUAAGGCUUUCACCUAUGCUUCCAGGUGGAGGAGGAGGAAGAGGAUCCAGAGGACCAGGAACUACUGUUGUGUGUGAAGCCAGUAAUGAAAGAGGAGAGCUGAGUUCUGACAGAUUAACUGAUCCACACAGACCACCUUCAGAUACUGGAUCCCUGUCUCCUCCCUGGGACAGAGAACGUAGGAUAAUUCUGCCUCUACCAGGCGAGGCUUACACUGAUCCAGUUCUUCCUCCUCGAAGACAAGAGAGAUUUCUUCCUAAUCCUCCAAAUACUGGUAGACUUUCUGGACCAGCAGAACUACGAACUUACAACACGCAGUCUUUUGAUAAAACAGAUGGGCAAGCAUCUUCAGAAAAUAGUCCACAAACAGAACCAAGUGGAAAUGGGAUGAAGGAUCAUUCUAAUCUUAGUAAUUCACUACCUGAUCAGUCAUUUGCCUCUGAAAGUGAAGCAGGCAGCUCGGGGUUUGCUCCUCCACCUUUCCCUCCAGUCAGAGCUCCGUUGCUGCCUAUGGAUCCUAGAGGACCUUUCAUGAGAAGAGGACCUCCUUUUCCUCCUCCUCCUCCUACUGGCAUGUAUGGACCACGUGAAUGUUUUCCAGUACGAGACUUUGGGCUUCCACGGCCUCCGCUGCCAAUAAGAAAUCCAUUUCCAGUGAGAUCUUAUCCUCACUAUCCACCUCAACGACCUGGAUUCUUGCCUCCGCCACCACCUCCUGAAAAUAGAACUGAGCCACCUCAAUCAAAUCCAUCAGCUGUAGAACAACCAGAACCACAGCAAGAAACUUGACAGUGUCAUUUGAGCAACGUGAAGCACCAUUUCUGUAUUCUUCACAUGGCUUUUUUUGAAUGUUUGGUUAAGUAACCGUUGUUACUUAGGUAUAUAUAAACUACUUUGCUCAAAUUGAAGCUUAAUAGAAAAUUCUCAGGAUAGUAUUUUGUAAAUAAAGGAUGAAGUAACUAUGAAUAUUGUGAAUAAGUGAUUUCUGUUGUACAGUAGUAACUUUACUCAAAUUAGAAACACUUAAUUUAAUCUCUUCAGAGGUGUAUAAAAUUAAAUCAUUUGAACAAUGGUUUAAGUAGCCUAGCUGCUUUGUCCUUGUUGAGCUGUACAGGGAAUCUUUGCAUGCCAAAAGUGAUGCUUGCUUUAUGAAUAAAAUGUGAAACAUUUUUUUAUUAAUCAAAAUCUGCUGAAAAUGUAACUGAUGAAAUGAAACUUCCUUUGCAACUUC